AUGGAAGGUUCAAAUAAUUUCACGUAUCAAAGUGCUUCUUGUUGCAAAGAUAAAAUUGCUAAUAACGCAGAUUACGAGUGGGCAGUAAAAUUAAAUCGAUAUAGCUUAAAUCUGAUCGGGCUCUGGCCUACGUCUCGGCAAACUCAGCGAGAUAACUUAAUAUGCAAUUUACUGAUAGAUAACAUGCAGAUUACUUUACCUAUAAUUUGGGCAGUUUUAAAACUUGUUAUCUUUUGGUGGAAGAAACCAGAUGUCAAACUGCUGAUAGAUAUAAUCGCGUACGAUUGGAUGAAAACGAAAACGUCUCAUGAGAGAAUGAUAAUGAUCUCGAGAGCACAAACUGCGCGAAUAAUUCUUAUAUGUGGAUACAGCAUGUUCGCGAUGGGUUUGUUGGCCGUAAAUGUUUUACCUAUCUUCGGUUACUCAGUAAGAUACGUAACAAAUAUCACCGAUCCCGGCAGACUGUUGCCAUUGCAGACUAUACCCUAUUCAAGCAUAGACAAUUUUCUCAGUCUCUCGAUAUUCCAUAUCUCCGGUCAGUUGGAUAUAUUGGAAAACCAACUUGCAAAUCUGAAUAAUAAUACGAAUUACGUUGUUAUUCUAAAAAACUGUAUAACAGAUCAUGUUCGUCUGCUUAGAGCCAUCACUAUUAUAGAAGAUAUAUUUAAUGUAAUAUUGUUCAUGGUGUUCAUAUACUUCGGUAUGAUCUUCGUCAUUCAAGGUGUUUAUAUGAUGAGUUGCGGUCGAAUUCAUGAUGCUGCAUAUUGCAAUGAAUGGUAUAGUCUGCAAUUUAAAGAUAUGCGAAAUUUGAUUCUUGUAAUGGCAAAAACAAACAAGUCUCUCUAUCUUACAGCCGGUAAAGUGUUUCCGUUAACAAUGAGCACAUUUUGCAAUUUAUUAAAAACAUGCGCUGGUUACAUCUCCGUAUUGUUUACGACAAGAAAUUUAUAA